AUGUCCGACUUCGACAACGAAAAGAAUGCCAAGGUCGCGAGCGCAAUAGAGGCAGACGAGGUCGAGCUGGCGCGGAUGGGCUAUAAGCAAGAAUUGCGUCGAGAGUUAGGUCUCAUGCAGAACUUUGGGGUCUCCUUCUCUAUUAUCUCUGUGAUAACAGGAAUCCCAUCUCUCUUCCUGUACGGACUAAAUACUGGAGGUCCCGCUGUCAUGGUGUGGGGCUGGGUCGUUGUUUCGUUCUUCACAAGCUUGGUUGGCCUCGCUAUGGGUGAAAUUUGCAGCGCCCAUCCGACCUCCGGCGGCCCGUACUUCUGGGCCGCGAUGCUGUCAAAACCGAAAGGCGCUCCUUUGGCAUCAUGGGUAACCGGCUGGUUCAAUCUGUUGGGUCAAGUUGCUGUGACGACUGGUAUAAGUUUCGCUUGCGCGACCUUCAUUUCGACCGCAUGCACUCUGAAAACCGAUUUCGUCCCGAACGAGAAGACCAAUAUUGGUAUCUAUGCCGCUGUUCUCAUCGCCCAAGGCACGAUUAACACUUUCGGCGUCAAUAUCCUGGGGCAUUUAAACAACAUUUCCGUCUGGUGGCACGCUAUUGGAACGUUUUCCCUCGUCGUUGCUAUCCUUGCCAAAGCUCCCCAUCACCAGAGCGCCGAGUUCGUGUUCAAGACGUUCUUGGAUGGGACCGGUGACCCGGGUUGGGGCUCAAGGGCAAGCCAUGCUUACGUUGUGGUCAUUGGGAUAUUGAUGUCCCAAUACACCAUAACCGGCUUUGACGCCAGCGCACAUAUGACUGAAGAAACCAAAAAUGCGGCCAUGUCGGGUAGCAUCGGUAUCAUCAUGGCGAUUGGUGUCUCUGCCGUCCUUGGCUGGUUCCUCAUUCUCGGCCUGCUGUUCUCUAUUCAAGAUCUUGACGCGACGCUAGCGAGCCCUACGGGACAACCCGUUACUCAAAUCUUCCUUGACACUGUCGGCGAGAAUGGUGCCAUUGUCCUUAUGGUCAUCGUUAUAGGCGCCAUGUUCUUUUGUGGAACUUUCUCGGUCACGAGUAACUCCCGAAUGAUGUUUGCGUUCGCGCGUGAUGGUGGUAUCCCAGGUCAUACCUUCUUCAACUACGUCAAUACACGCUGGAAGUCGCCUAUUCGCACCGUAUGGCUGGCCUGUUUCCUUAGCUUCUGUCUCGGCCUCCCGAGUUUAGGAAGCUCAGUUGCUUUCGCUGCAGCUACCUCCAUCGCGACUAUAGGGCUCUACAUCUCCUAUGGCAUACCCAUUGCCCUCCAUAUCAUCAACCAUGACCAAUUCGUUCGAGGACCCUUCCACCUCGGUCGAUUAUCAUAUCCUAUCGCCAUUAUUGCUGUCUUGUGGAUUCUCUUCAUUUCGAUUGCGUUCAUCCUACCCCAAGUUAACCCUGUUGACUCCCAGACUUUCAACUAUUCGAUUGUUGCUGUGGGCAUCGUCAUCACCUACAGCUUCGGCUUUUGGCUCCUCAGCGCGCGUAAAUGGUUUACUGGUCCGGUCAAGCAAAUCGCGGCCGAAGAAAUGGGGAUCAAUGUCAUGGAGCCUUCUGAAGCCCUGAAAUUCGAGCAGGAGAAGGCAGCGAAGGAUGGUGUUGUAGUAUCGGCAUAG